AUGGAAGGAUGCGAAGAUUGGGCGCUUUGUAACGACGAAGGCUUCGUUCACAAGCGAGUGAAGCGAAGCCAUAUCUCAAGCUACGGAGACUCAUCCCAACCGGUUGAACCGGAGUUGAAUCCGGCGGUAAAGGAGAGGAAUCGGAGGAUUCGGAAGAAGAGAACGCUGGUGAAGCUCAAGAGAAAGUAUCAGAGAGAGAUGGAUCAGUGGGAGAUUUUGUCGAACAGGUUUAGUGCUAUGCAAGAGAAAGCCGCUAGAUUUCAAACGGCGGAGCGAGAGGAGAGGUUAAACGCGAGAGAAACGUCGUCGUCUCGAGAUUUAGAGCAUGGCGGAGAAGAUGCUCCCAAAACGGUGUCGUCUCUGCUCGACGAGCUUAUUUUUAUGGCAGAAGCACAAGGAGCGAUCAUCAACGAUGUCUCAAAUCUCUGCCAAGUUGCAGAAAACAUAUGUAGAGUUGAACAAGAAGAAGAUGAAGAGUCAUUGUUUGAUCUUGCCGUUUGGUGCUCGCCAAGGAGUCUUAUGGCGUCUCUUUGUGCUGAUUAAAACCAGACCAUCUUGGACCUCACGCGUACGAAUCAUUCGGGCUGAGACCGAAUUUGGGCCCAACAGCGAAGUUAGAGAGAGUUAAUUCAAUUGAUCUUUCAAGUGGUUGCUCGAUUUUAUCACUGCUCUUUCGAAUAAGUCUCUCACCUCAACUCUUUUGCUCGAGAGAUUGCGAAGAUUGUUACUAAAGAUGGCUAAUUCCAGUCUUAUAUAUACCUAGCUUUGGGUAGCCCAGCUUGGUUACCUGAUAUCAUGCAGAUGCUUGUAGUGUCGUGUAAUUUGCAUCUCCAUGGUUAAUGAGCCUCCUACGCCCGCUCAACAUGUAAACCCAUUCCCUUUGACGCUGAUGUAUUAAUUUUUUGUAAGCUCGAAAAUCAUGUUUACUGACAUUGCAAUCAUGAUUUUUUUCGUGCUUUGUCCUCACU